ACCAAAUUAAGUAAACAAUAACAAUUCACAUACCAAGGUUUCCCAAAAAAGAUGGGUUUGAUGGCUAGAGCUUUUAUCUUAAUCGGCAUGGUUGCAUGUCUAACCUCGGUUGCUCACGCCAUUGAUGGCCAAGCAACUUUCUACACCCCUCCCUAUGUUCCAUCGUCAUGUUUUGGUUUCGAAGAUCGUGGUGUCAUGAUUCUAGCAGCAAAUAGUGGUUUGUUCAAUAAUAGAGCUGCAUGUGGGAAUAGGUAUCGCGUGACUUGCACCGGUCCAACCAAUGGAGGUGUUCCACAACCAUGCACGGGUAGAAGUGUUGAUGUUACGGUUGUAGAUCUUUGUCCAGGUUGUGCGGGCAAUCAAGUUGAUCUGUCCCAAGAGGCAUUUGCUGUGAUUGCUAAUACGGAUGCCGGAAGAAUUAACAUUCAAUAUAACCAGAUCUGAUUUUAAGAUGCAAGAUAUCAAUAAAGAAGUCUCUCUCAAUAAGGACACUGUAGCCAUGCUUGUGUAUGUCUCAUGACAUGUGUUUGUUCAUUGAAUAAAAUUGAAGUGUUUAAUUUCAUAAUUUGAAAUAUUGUAUUUCUUCAUCCAUUUGGGUGCUUUUUUUUAUAGCAUGAGACGAUAUGUCGAUACACGAUAUUAGUGA